GACUUAUUUGUGAAAAUAUAGUGAAUGUUAUUGAAGUCAUUUGAAAUGAUGACACCAUUUGAUUGCCAUCAAUGACCUCAACAGACAAUCCAGUUGUCUCUUCCAACGAUGAUUUGUCGUCCGACAGCACCACGAAAGCUGACGAGUCAUCGACUGCCAUCAGUGGUGACCAGUUGUCGACGUCGACAUCACAUCAGAGACCAGUCAUUCAAAACAUAAGUCAGCGGACAAUACCGGGAGUGUUGUCUGAAUACAACCAGAAGGCCAUCGACUGGUCAGUCAAUGGCUUAAUUGCAUUUGCGUCACAUAAUCGGGUCAUUAUUGUGGACGCACUUCACGGUCUCAAACACUGUCAAAGUCUUCAUCGACAUAACUCUUCGGUUUGUUUGAUUCGUUGGUGUCCUACAAGUGAUUUCAAGUUGUGUUCAGUUGACACAAAUGGCACAAUAAUUAUAUGGGAUGUGAUUGAGGGUUCAUUUCUUACAUUGAUUGCGGCCAAUAAAGAUUUAAAAGGGAUUCAAUCUGUUGAAUGGAUAUCAUUGAAGACCAAUCUUGAGAGCGGUUUUCAACAAUAUUUGCUAGUUUUAAGUCGUAAUAAUAAUUUGGUUUUAUUGGACACAGAAUUUGGUGAAAUUGUUUGGACAAAACAUUACGAUUUAAUUGUUAAGAGUAUAUCAUUGGAUCCGUUUUGUAAAAAUAAUGUAUUGCUUGCCAUUCAGUCUACUGACUGUUGUUUUGCUAUUUUUGAUGACUUGCGAUCAAAUGGAUGUCCCAAUAGACUAAUGAAAUAUUAUUCCGUUUCAUCCAAUAACUCGCCAAAAACACCCUCCAAGUCAUCAAUUCAAUCAAAAUAUAAUCUAUUAUUGGAUCAAAAGGUUAUAAAUGAUUCAAAUAUUUUGAAUGAAUGGAUUGAAAUUUGUUAUCACAAAUCAGUUCGCAAUCAAGUAUUGGUUGCCAUUAGUCGACAGAUAUUUAUAAUUGAUUUAUCAAUUGAAUCUAUAAUCUGUUUAAUACCACUCGAAAGGAACUGUUCUAACAUAACAAACAUCUUUUCGUGUCAAUACAGAAAUGCUUUCUUUUUAUGUCACGAUUUCGGAACAGUUUCUUUACGACUAUUCCAGAAGCAAAUGAUAAAAGAAUCGAAUGGAAUGACAGAUAAUAUUGUCAUUUCAUAUGCAAAUCUUUGUCAAUCGGAUGGAUUGAGAUUAACGAAACAAAACAAAAUUUUUGGUAGUUGUAUGUCACCAAUGGAUGAGACAAAAGUAGCUCUUCUGCUAAGUAAUGGAAGAGUUGUUAUUAAAAAGAUUCAUAAAAUGGGAACAAAACCAAGUAAUGGAUUACUAAAUUUGCAGUAUAUUUAUGAUAUUAUCAGUAGUGAACAAUAUAUUGUUAAACAAAAUAACAAAUGCAAAAAGUAUCGCAUUUUAAUGACACAAAUAUCUUCUGCGAUUAACUUUAAUCCUAAUGUGAUCCGUAUGUGUCCACCCGUUACGAUGAGGAACUGGCAGUUUCAUAGACCAUUUUUAGCGGUCGGAGAUAUGAGUGGAAGUAUACAGAUAUGGAAUCUAUCGCUUUCAACRCUCGAACGGGAAUUCAGUUUACAUUCAUUUCCCGUACGAGGCAUUGAGUGGACCGGUUUGGAUGCAUUCAUAUCAUAUGCUUUUCCUAAUAUAUCUCCACAUUCGGGUAAAACAAAUAAYGAAUUAAACAUAACUGAGAUGACUUCGGGAACAACUUAUCCAAUGAGAGCCGAACGAAAUCUGGACUCAUCUCCAAUCGAAUCGUUAAGAAUAUCACAUCUCAAACAGUAUUUAAUUAUUUCAUUCAAAGAAGAUCCGUUCGAAAUAUGGGAUCUCAAGAGUUUACAAUUGCUUCGAGUUAUGCCAAAACAAUUUUCAUCUGUCACUGCCAUCGAGUGGAGUCCACUUUAUAGUCGACGUCUUGAAGCUAAUGACACAAAUAAUGUUAUUCUUCAUUCGAGAGAAAAUUUUGUGAUAACCAAUACAAAUGGAGAAUUAUAUCAUUUUUCAGUUGAGGGAAAUAUAGUCAAAGAAAUUACUUGUAUUCCGCCGGACACUGAUAUGAGUGCUAAUAUCACAUGUAUAGCCUGGAAGAGUGAUCAGGUAUUAUUAGGUGAUGCUAUUGGAAACCUUAACAUUUGGGACCUCAAGAGGAAGGCAUCGCGUAUUGAAACGACUCAUAGAGGAAAUGUGAGAAAAAUACGGUUCGGUCCGGGAAGAGGUAACAUGAAGUUUCUUAUUCUAUACAAUGACGGCAUCGAUAUUUGGGACACAAAAGACUUUAAACUUACCGCACAAUUAAAAUAUCCGAGAGAUGUUAGCUAUAAAAUUGUUGACAUCGAUUGGGCUGCAAGUGAUCGACCAAUUCUAUGUACAUCUGAAGGAACUAUAUUAGUGACUGAUAUGAAACUUAGACAAUAUUCGUGUCCUAUGACUGAGUCAAUAGUCAAUCAAACAGAUAGCGAUCAAAUUGACUUGAAUUGUGUCAACUUUUUCAUAUUAUCACAAAUGUCACGAUUUAUAUUAAAAUCAAAGUUAAUUUUAAAUCAAAUUAAUACUAAAUCAAAACUUUUUGAUUGUGAUGUCGAGAGAAAUAUAUUUAUUUCAAAAUUAUUUAAUGAUUGCCAAAGUUUUAACUUUUGGAAUACUGUUUCAUAUGUAUUGUUUGAUAACAAGGAAAGACUCGAUCGAAACAAUGAUAUCUUUUUGGAUAACAAACAAUUCAAAGAGAUUUUGUUGGAAAAGGUAUCGAUAUUGGACUCAAUUCGCACGAAACACAAACAAAAUCUACUUUUAUAUGAAUUGUUUGUUAUCUUAAAUCACUCUCAAAGAGCAGUUCAGUUGCUUUUGGAAAGCGAUUCAUCAMUCGAUGAUUAUUAUGUCGACGCUUUGAAAGCAUGUCUUAUUGCAGCACUUCAGUCAACAAACGACGAUUCGACAGCACAUCCGGUCAUAAAAUUAGUGGCCACUAAUUUGAUAGCCAACGGUCGCAUUGACGACGGCUCACAAAUGUUGUGUUUGAUCGGUAAAACUCAAGACGCCUGUCGUUAUCUUCAAAGUGCUAACAAAUGGAUGGAAUCUAUUUUUUUAGCAAAAUGUACUCUUAAUGGUGAGGAAUACAAUGAGAUAAUGCGCCGGUGGGCCGAACACCUCAUUUCACACAAUGACUAUCAGACAGCUGUCAUCGUUUAUAUAACAAUCAAACAAUAUUUAAAAGCCAUUCAAAUUCUCUAUAAAUUUGAUAUCGAAAAAGCCUUUAUUUUUUCAGUAGUUUGUCUUAAAAGACAACUCAUUAAUAUUGAUGACAACAAACAAAUAUUGGACGAUAUCUUUAAUAUUUAUUCAAAAUCUCUUGAAAACUCAGGUCUCGACCAAUUGUUGGCUAAUUAUAAAAACUUAUUUUGCAUUCCUCUUAAUAAUUUCUUAAUUUUGGCCACUUAUGGGUCACACCAUAACAAUACAUCCGUUACUGAAUUAGAGUGUGAUAGCGAUAUGUUGUCCACAUGUGAAGCAUCACCUUAUGAUCUGUUGAUGUUAGCCAACAAUGAAGAGAGACUGAUGGCUGACUUGGAACGAACCACAGACCAAAUUGAACUCUUAUUUGAUAACUCCGAUGACUUUACGAUUGAUUUAGUUACCAUCGAUGAAAUCAAUUCAUAUAAUAAUAUGACCUAUCAUUAUGACUCUCCUCCAACUUAUGAAGAGGCCAAUCCACCGAAACAUUUAUGCAAAAAAGUGCCAAAAUUGAUGUGCAAACUGGGUAUUGAUGCCGGGUUUGCGUCGGGAAUACACGAAAUACUUUGGUGUUUGAUAUCCGGUUAUUACAGAAAUCAAACGGUUAUUUUAAUUCCCGAUUGGACUAAAUAUCUAAAUCGUGAAUCCGAUGUCUGGGAGCGUAUGUUUUCAUCAAUUUUUCAAAUAUCUCGCGAAAGUUGGAGCGAUAUCUUUAUGCCUCUUAGUUCUACUUGUGAUCACAAAGACGUGGCACACAAUCAGUUAAUAAUAGACAAACAAUCAAAUACUGUAAUAAAUAGAAAACUUAUCAAUCAAUUACCCAAAGAGUUUGGCGACCAAUUGAUGUCAUUAGUGGACAAUCCUAACUCAUGGUUUCACUCGCAAUUUGUUGGAUAUAUUUUAAGACCACAACAACGACUUGAGAAAUAUAUAUCAGAUGUAAAAAAACAAAUUGGAUUCAAACAUCCAAUAGUUGGGAUACAAGUGCGGAGAACUGAUAAACUAAGUUAUAGAGAAGCGUUGUAUUACCCGAUCUCUGAUUAUAUGAUUGUAGUUAAGGAUUAUUUUGAUAAACUAAAACUAACACAACAAGUGUCGCAAAAGUUAGUUUAUGUGGCCUCUGAUGAUCCAUCAGUGUUACCACAAUUGAUCCAUAAUUAUCCCGAUUAUCACUUUAUUGGCAGCAUUUCUAAUGCAAAAUUAGCAUUUAGUCAAACGACUCGUUAUUCAAAUGAGUCUCUUUGGGGUUUACUUAACGAUAUAUUUUUAUUAUCGGAAUCAGAUUUUAUUGUUUGUACUUUUAGUUCAGCUAUAUGCCGGUUGUCAUAUGAAUUGAUGCGUUAUAAACAAAUUGACGCUUCAUUAUCAUACCGAUCACUUGAUGUGCCCUUUCAUUAUCACCAUUCAUUGACACCAAAACGUACUGCACUUUACAAUCAUUGGCCAAAAUCUGAAGAUCAAUGGAAACUAAGAAUUGGCGAUCAUUUGUACGAAAAGAUUCGUGGAUUACAUACAGAAUGUUUCAGUAAUUUACAGGAAUUGCCAUAA